ACGACCCUUCUCGCGCAGACAGCCCCAAUACGGACUGGCACGACAGCCGCCCGCUGCACUGGAGCACUGGCCUGCAGCGCGCCGACGCCACCUUGCUCUUGCUCAAGCACGGCGCGAACCCGUACGCAAUCGACAAGAACACGGGCAAGGAUGCCGUGGACAAAGGCUUGACUGGCUUCUCGGUGCUUAGUGGAAAGGCCUGCCCGGGAGAGCUCGGCGGCUGCUCCGACUUUUGGGCGCGGCUCGACGGCUUGUGCGUCGCGCGGUCGCCACCCGCGGUGGACUGGGCGAGGCUCAGCGUGGGGACACGCAUCUGGCGCGUCAUCGCCAAGUUCUAAGAGAGCUCUGACGUCCGCGCGUCGCGCGCCCCGCCGAGUGCAGCUCCGGUUCCCCGUGAUUGUUUUGUUCAGUGCUGUUUGUUCAGUGCUGUCUUUGUUCAGUGCUUUCCUUGUUCAGUGUGUGUGUGGUCAAUGUGUGCCCGGAGUAUCACACGGGUAUCUGAGCAGUCGAGCACUGCGCGCGUUGAGAUUGGCAGAUGCCCUGAGAUCCCACUUCGCGGUGAGCUCCGGGCCUGUGUCUAGUGCAUACAAUGCGAUUGGGUCGAAUAUGCUCUCAUCUAGUUACGGGUGGUGCAACCACCUGAGGGGCUAUUGCUGCGCCACGUGCGCGGGCUACGAGGCCAGCGACCGCUCGGCCAGGAACGGCGCAGUCAAGGAGACCGAGUACAGGACACGGUACUGCAACAUCAUGAACUAUGCGAACCCAGCAGCUGAGCCGUGGCAUACCGCCUGCAAAAUGCCGCAAUUCAAGGGAGCGUGUGACGCCUGCAAGAACUGCGAUGCUCUGGACUUUAGCGGGCGGGCUUUGUAUCGGAGAAAAUGGCGGCUUUCUUGUGAAGGGAAUGGGGCCUUGAAGCUACAGCCCUGGCACCCGCUACGUGUCAAGUACGAGAAGUACGCGUGCGGUGGCACCCUUCGUGGCGGAUAUGAGUGCUACGACAAGUGCUGCGAGCAUCAGGAUGCCUACUGCCAGACCUGGGCCAGAGACGAUUCGAGCGACGAAUUCAAAACGAAGAAGUGCAUGUGGGCGCGCGGAUGCGAUUCGCGUAGGUCGACGAAGCCGUGGUUCCCGAAGCGCAGCCAAACCUAA